AUGGAGUCUGCUGCAGUGCAACAACAGCCAUCUCCAACUACCCUUCCUUCACUAUCUGAAGUUGCCACUUCAAAGCUUGUGUGCUACUUCACUAAUUGGUCACAGUACAGAGAUGGGCCCGCCAGGUUUUUACCAGAUAACGUGGACCCUACUCUCUGCACUCACCUUAUUUUUGCCUUCGCCAUUAUAAGCUAUGGCAAUGAGCUAAUUGCUUCAGACUGGAACGAUGACGCACUUUACAGGUCCUUCAAUGCACUGAAGACUAGGAAUACAAAACUAAAGACCUUGCUGUCUGUGAAAGGACAAGACAGAGAUUCAGCUGACAAAUUCUCUCAAAUGAUGUCGUCGUCUGACACGCGGCAGCAGUUCAUCCAGUCGGCCAUCACGCUACUGAGGCACUAUGGCUUUGACGGGCUGGACCUGGCCUGGCAAGGACCCGCGACUCAAGGGAGCCCUCCAGAGGACAAAAGAAGAUUUACACUGCUCUGCAAGGAGCUUGAGGAUGCCUUUGAAGAUGAGAGCAGAGCCGGUGGCUUACAGAAACUAAUGCUGACUGCUGCAGUGUCUGCCAACAGAAACACAGUCUACAUCAGCUAUGACGUCCCACAGAUAACACAGUACCUGGAUUUCCUCAGCAUCAUGACAUUUGGCUUCCAUGGGAGUGAGGAACGCUUGACUAAUCACCACAGUCCACUAUACAGUGGUGAACAUCAAACCGGAGAGAGCCGCUACUACAAUGUUAACUCCGCCAUGUUGUACUGGCAGGAGCGCGGUGCCCCUCCUGAGAAGCUGUUGCUGGGCUUCCCUACGUUUGGACACUCCUUCCUCCUCACCUCUGCAGACAGAGGGCUCGGGGCCCCUACCAGUGGCUUUGCUGCAGCUGGGCCCUACACACAACAGAUGGGCGUCUGGUCUCAUUAUGAGAUUUGUUACUUCCUUCAGGGUGCGUCAGUGGAGUGGAUUGAUCAACAGAAAGUUCCAUUUGCAGUGAAGGGACAUGGCUGGGUGGGCUUUGACAACCAGACCAGCUACCAUCACAAGGUCCAAUACUUACUUGCAAAUAAAUUGGGUGGAGCUGUUGUAUGGAGCCUUGACCUUGACGACUUCUCUGGUGAAUUCUGCAGUCAGGGAAGAUCCCCAUUAAUUCGAUAUCUGAAAAGUCAACUAGAAAAUGGUAAGACCCAUCAGAGAGCAGUUACAAACCACAACAACCAAAGAGCCUGCAGUGACCACGCAGACUGUUACAAAUCAGACCAGCAUUGCAUCUACCUCCAACAGGACCUCCAACAUCACCACCACCAGCAGCAGCUACAACACCACCCUCCCAGAGGGGACCUCCACAACACCCAUGCCAACACAUCCAGUCCCAUGUGA